GGAAGUUUUAAAUAGACUCAACCAGCGCGCCGCAAAGCCUUGUUAUUUGCUAAUCGUGUGUCCUAAACGCAACUUUUCCCUAGUUUAUUCAUUCACUCCUUUGCCAUACAACCAAUCUUACAUACUUAUAUUGGCAGUGAAUGGCUUUCUAAAUCUGAAGUAUCUAACGGAAAUCAGUUGCGCUACACAUCAUGGCGACCGUAUCUGCGGAGUUUGAAGUUUUCGGACAAGUGCAAGGAUGUUACUUUACGAAAUAUUUAAAAGAGCAGUGUGAUACGUUGGGAAUUGGUGGAUGGGUGAAGACAACUAAAAAAGGCACAUUUUUUGGUAUCAUACAAGGGACUAAACCAAAUGUUGAACUCAUGGUGAUGUGGCUUUCGAAUACGGGAUCGCCAGGAAGUAAGAUUGAACGGUGUGAGAUGAAGAACUGGACAAACAUUGCAAGGCCCGAGUUCAAAGGGUUUUCGGUACGUUUCUAAGUCAAUACUUUCUUUGUGCAUUUAACUUUAUAAAGAUUUUACCAACGAGAAAUAUUUUGUAUAUGAAUAAUUUUAAAUAUAAAGCUAUUCUAUUUAUAAA